AUGGAGCAAAAUAACAAACCGUACGAAGGACUGAAAUGCGAAAAUUGUUGCUAUUGGUUUAGUAAAAUGUACCUAUUUAAACAACACUACCGUAGGUAUCAUAGUACGCUCGGGCUGCUGAUUGAUUUACCGGCACUGCCGUUUUUGGAGGAAAUGGUAAUGCAGAACCAACUUCAAGACGAGCUGUGGUUCGGUAUGCUACAUCUUUCAAUAAUGAAGCCUAUACUGAUGCGAAUUUUCGAAGCGGAGGGACACUCGGCAAUGCGAAUCGCGACCACACAUGACAUCCAGCAGCAGGAACGCAAACUCGCGGCCAAAGCCGUGCACGGUCCGGCCAGCAUACCCGUGCUUUAUGAUAUCUAUUCGGAGCUUAGUGCAGACGGUACUCAAAGCUUUUACGCGGUGCCGAAGAAAAAUCAGGAUCCCGUGAACCAAUAUGGGCAGAUUCCUCCAAAAGUUUGUUUUCCACCCGACUUAGAAUCGGUUGUUCCGACAAUAGACGAAGAUAUGAGUCUUUUGGCUGAUAUUUUAUUAUUUAACCAAAAUCUAUCGAAUCCAAUGUGUGACUCGUUGAUCGAAUUCAUGAAUACUCUUUAA